AUGGGAUUAUUUCCUGCAUCCUUUUCCCAACCCAAGACAGCCUUCACCUUUGAGGUACUGGACAAUUUCUUACUGGACAAUUUGGAGUGUGGGACAUUGGCAAUGAAUUAUUAUAACAAGUUAAGAAGAAUAACUACCGCCGUCUUUCCACACCUGGUGCCUGACCGUUACCGGGAGCUGAUGAGGGUAGCCAGACAAUGGCGGCAUCUGAAGCUAUUGAAAUGGAAUGGCUUCGGUCACGAAUCAAAAGAACUCAAACCCGGCGACCUCGCUUUGUUUUGUCCAGCAUGUCCACAGCCUGGAAUUAAUGUCACAUUGCUGACUGCAGAAGGCGGAGAGAUAACGAACACCGCACCAGAUCUGGAGGCGCCGAGUUGGCUUUAUUCACGAUCCCUGGUCAUGGAUGGAAACUUCAAAGCUGAGCAUAUGCAUGCCGCAAAUCCAUUGGAUGAAGUUGCGCUCAUGGACGGCCGGGGCUUCAUGGUCGGCGACGGCCUGUAU